AUGUUCCCUCUAUUUUUUGCACAUUCUGCUCUGCAUUGUGUGAUUUACCUCUUCCACGUCCAACACCAGUAUUAUCAGCCGGGGCACUUUGUUAUUGGUGGUAUCACUUCACAAUUCCUUGUACCCGUCUUCACUUCAAUAGACUUCGAGGAGAAGCCAAAGGAAACAUCUGAUGAUGAAUAUGCUGCACUGCCAAAGAACUACCAGCAUGUCCUUUCCUUAGUCUUUGCUGUGAAUGAGGUCAACGAGAACCCGAACAUUUUAUCCAACAUCACGUUGGGGUUCCAGAUCUAUGACAGCUACUGUGAUGCAAGGAUGACUUAUCAGAAUACUUUGAACCUCAUCUCUCCUCAUAGGAAAACCAUCCCCAACUACAAGUGUGGGGUUGAGAAGAACCUGAUAGCUGCCAUUGGGGGCCUUGACUCUGAAACUUCAAGCCACAUGGCCUCCAUCUUGGACCUUUAUAAGAUUCUACAGAUCACCUAUUCUUCAUUUACUCCAGCGGUGUGUGAAAAAGACCAUAUUUCUUCCUUGUACCAAAUGGCCCCCAGUGAAGAACAUCAAUACACUGGCAUUGUUCAGCUUCUUCUCUAUUUCAAGUGGAAGUGGGUUGGGAUAUUUGUCACAGCUGACGAUAAAGGAGAAACAUUUGUGAAAAAGUUGACACACCAGCUUUCCCGGAAUAGCGUCUGUAUAGCUGUCACUGAGAGAGUGCUAACCCACAGAGGUUUUAGUGGUUUUGCGUUGAUAGAGAAAUAUCAGAAUAUGGCCGAGUCCCUAAGCAAAACAAACGUUGAUGUAUUUGUUGUCAAUUCAGACAAAAACACCAAGACAAAUUUGCAAUGGCUGCUACUAAUAGGCAAAAUGAUGAAUGUGAGUCCCAUAAACAAAGUCUGGGUUAUGACGGCCGACUGGGAUUUCUCAUCAGAAACAUUUCACAGAGAUCUGGAUAUACAAAACUUCCAUGGUGCCUUAUCCUUUGCCAUUCAUUCCAGUGAGCUUCAACCUUUCCUGAGGAAUAUCUUGUUUAACAAUAGUGCUGGGGACACUUUGUUUUUUAAUGAGCAACAUGAGCUAGAAGGUGGAUUUGAUAUUAUCAACUGGGUGACUUUCCCAAAUAAGUCCUUCUUAAGAGUGAAAGUUGGGAAGAUGGAUCCCCAAGAUCCUCUGGGCAGUGAUUUCUCCAUUGAUGAAAAGAUCAUUACAUGGCACCAGAGUUUUAACCAGGUGGUGCCCCUUGCCUUGUGUAAUGACCACUGCCAUCCAGGUUACAGCAGACAAAGGAAAGAGGGGAAACCAUUUUGUUGCUAUGAUUGUGCUCCAUGCCCAGAAGGGGAGAUUUCAAACCAGACAGAUAUGGAUAAUUGCUUCCAGUGCCAAGAAGAUCGGUAUCCUAACCAAGAGAAAAACAAGUGCAUCAUGAAGAAAGAAAACUUCCUAUCGUAUGAAGCACCUUUAGGCAUCAGUUUGGCUCUUUUGGCUCUGGCUUCUUCUGCAACUACAGCUUUGGUGUUUGGAAUCUUCAUCAAACAUGAAAACACUCCCAUUGUCAAAGCGAACAACCAGAAUCUCACCUACACCCUGCUCAUCUCCCUCCUGCUCUGCUUCCUCUGCUCCUUGCUAUUCAUUGGGCGCCCCCAGUUACUGACCUGCAAUCUACGACAAACUGCUUUUGGUAUCAUCUUCUCAGUGGCUGUUUCUUCCGUUUUGGCUAAAACCCUCACUGUGGUUCUGGCUUUCAUGGCCAAUAAACCAGGAUCCAAGAUGAGGAAAUGGGUGGGGAAAAGAUUUUCAACUUCUAUUGUUCUUGGUUGUGCUUCUGUCCAGGCAAGUAUUUGUAUAGUAUGGCUCUGGACUGACCCUCCUUUCCCAGAUCUGGACAUGCACUCUCUGCCUGAAGAAGUCAUAGUGGAAUGCAACGAAGGUUCAGCCAACAUGUUCUACUAUGUUCUUGGUUACAUGGGAUUGCUGGCUCUUGUCAGCUUCGUUGUGGCUUUCUUUGCUCGGAAGCUGCCGGACACUUUUAAUGAAGCCAAAUUUAUCACUUUCAGCAUGUUGGUGUUUUGCAGUGUGUGGCUUUCUUUUGUUCCAAGCUACUUAAGCACCAAAGGGAAGUACACAGUGGCUGUGGAGAUCUUCUCCAUCUUGGCUUCCAGUGCUGGAAUCUUGGGUUGUAUUUUCUCCCCAAAAUGUUAUAUCAUUGUCUUCAAGCCUGAACUCAACUCGAAAGAGCAGCUAAAAAAGAGAAAUAAGUAA